AUGGCGACCAGCUAUCGCAUGACCACCACCACUACCACCACCUCCAGCAGGUCUCAGCAUGGUCAGUCUCUUUUUUUGAAUCCAAAACUAACUAGACAAUAUUUUCACCGCAUUUUUCCGAGUUAUGGAGCUUCAAAGUACACAAACUAUGACAAAAAAAGUAAAAAAAAUUUUCCUAGUAGAAUAAAAAUUAGCCAUUAUUGGGGUGCUAGAGAAUCAGGUUUCCUCCACCCAACAAGGAAUUUUUUCCAGCCUUGUAUUAAAUUUUUCAUGAACUUUUCCUUUCCCAAAAGUUUAUAGUCCGUUCACGCCGACUUGAAAGCUUUCGAGUGUCUGCGUCUCUCUGUUCCCUCACACAGUUUUUCUUUCUCGACUUGGAGGACUUCUCUGCGCCCUCCUCGUCUCUCAGCAGUGCCUAAGACUUGUUGAAUCCUCCAGUUCCUCAUUCUAUACUCGGACGACUCCAGGGAUCACUUAAGGGUGCUGACGCUACUAAAGUGGUCACUAGAAAUUCCCAGAAACGUCCUGAGCACGUUCGUUUUGCGUUAACAAAGUGAAAGUGCGGGACUUCUCUGCGCCCUCCUUAUCUCUCGGCGGCCCUCUUAAGUUGACGUUCUAUUUUCAAUUUUUCUCGCCGGUGAGGGAACGGAGAGACGCAGACACUCAGAAAUGCUUUCAAAUGUUUUUUUUUUAUAGUUUACUGAUUUUGAAGCGUCAUAAUUCAACUAAAACGCAAAAUUCUGGAUCUUUUUUUUUUGUAGAGUUCUAUUAGCUCGAAAAAAUUAUUUAUCCAAAAAACUCACUCCGGAAUUGUAUUUUUGAGCUUCUUAAUGGCUCAUUUUUUGUCAAAACACUGUUUUCGUACUCAUCUCUUACCUAUUACUCAUUUUAUAGCGUUUCCUUUGCUUUUCUUAACAGUUCAAAAUCAAAUUUAAAAAGAAGGUAUAAAAAAAUCAAAAAUCUUCCUAAUAGUCAUUAAAAAUUGCUUCAAUUUUUCAAGAUUCCAUUUUAACUUAUCUCCUUUUCUCAGCUUCAUUUUCAUUUUCUCUUCAAAUUUCACCUUGAAUUUUAUCAAUUUCUCAACAUAAUCUUCAAUCGCUUUUUGUUUAUGCAAGCCCUGUUUCCUUUCAUUUUUAUUUUCGAUCUCUAUUUUCUUAUCAUUUUCUUGUUGUUACUUUUGGCUUUCUUCAGAACCCUAAAAAUUGGUUUUUGGUCUUUUGAAAGCGUUUCAAAAAGAUUUUCAGACAAAAACAAAAUAUGCGCCAAUGAUGAGCAUUAGCGCAUUUUUGGUGCUGGCGUCUAAAAAUAUUUCCGAUUUUUUUCACAAUUUUUUUCUGUUUUCUUCAAAUUCGUUGAUAUUAUUUUUUUAAUUGUAUUCUAAUUUUUUUCGUCAAAAUAUUAUUCCAAAAAUCUGUAACGAUUUUUUUGUUCAAUUUUCUGAGAAAAAUAACUUUGUAUAGUAUCAAAAUGUUUCCAUUUUUUUCAUCAAAUUUUCAAAACUACCUUCUAAAAAAUUCGAAAGGAUCCUUUUUUUAUUUUUUUUUAUUUUUUAUUGAAUUUUUUGAGCCUAAACCGAUUUCAGGCGCUGAACUUAUCGGCAGAGAAGCUACGGCUUUCGUUGAAGCGACUGAGCGCGAAAAGAAGGAUCUUCAGGUUAUCUAUUUUUGAUUUUUGGUUAAAUUCUCCAAAUUUUCAAGCUGUCUAAUAUUCUCAAAACGCUUCAAAGCAAAAAAAAAGACAAUUUUUAAUUUUAGGAGCUCAACAGCCGCUUGGAAAUCUACAUUGGGCGAGUGAAGCAGCUCGAAAUUGCCAAUCGCGAUCUCGUCCAGGAGCUGGACGAGCUCCGCAGCCGGCUCGGAGGUGAAGUCGGACAGGUUAAGGUGAGCUCGAGAGUUUUUUUCAAGAGGAAAAAAAUGUACUUUUUAGAGUUAAAUUUGAUAGAAUAAAUGGGAAUUUAAGAACGAAUUAGGCAUUUUUUGGCCUUUAUUCGCAUUUUGAUCAAUUUUAAUGUGUUUCAGAACGUUUCUAGGUCUUAAAAACAAUUAAUAGUUUUACAGAAUAUGAGAAAAAAAGGUUUAUUUUUCUUCAAAAAAAUCAUUGAAUUUGAGCUUGUAUAGAAAAAAAUUUUUUUAUUUUUCAAAUUUUUUUAUAGGAAAAAAAUAGAUUUUUUUGGGGGGUUUCAAAAAAACGAAUUUUUGGACCAUUAAGUUGACUGGAAACCCAAAAACUUAAUUGAAAAAUGAUGUGAUUUGAAAAAAACAGAAAAAAAUAAUAAAAAAAUCGGGAAACUUUUUGACGCCAGCACCAGAAAUGCGCCAAUGCUCAUGCUUGGCGCAUAUUUUGUACGCUCUAGUGAUUUAUUGAACUUGGACUUUUUUUAAAGAAGGAAAGACUGAAAAAUAGUCAAAUUCAUCCCAGGAAAGUAUAAAAAUGCUUUUUGAACCAUUUUCGAGACAAAAAUGAUAUAUUUUUGAUUUUCAAAACAACAUUGCUUAUUCAAAAUAAGGAUUCCAUGAAUGUUUUCAUACUUCUUUCAAUUUUCUUAAUUUUGAAAAGAUUCAUGUUCCAAUUCUUCUCAACCACAUUUACUUUUCGAAUGAUAAAUCUUUUCUUUCACUGAUGACGUCACUUUUUGAACUUAAAAAAAAUCGAAAACUAAGCUUAAACCUUCCCUAAUCUUAAAAAAUUUUCAUUUUCUUCCCCGUGACAUCAGACUCAAGGCUUAAAAAAUCCCCCGCAGUUCAUUGGAACCUUGCCAUUGGCAUUUGAUAACAAAACGUUGAGUGGUUUUCCUUCUCGUUAUCAUCCGAAAAUCACUUGGAAUUCCCUUUGUUUGGAAGUUGGCAGGGUCUCGUACUAGGAAAGACUUUUUGAUAAGGGGCGCCUUAAUGACGGCUCCAAAGAGUCGUAAAACGGCAUUACUAGAGCCGAUUUGCUUCUUUGUCACUUUGUAAGUAGAUAAGCAAAGCGGAAGGAAUUUUGCUGUUUCGAAGAUAAGUUAAACAGGAGGCAAUACAAGAUGGGGGAAUGAAAGAGACAAAUGUUUGAAGGGCCAGGGGACUUUGGUAAUAAUAAUUUACUGUCGGAUCAGUGUCAACCCCUAAAGAGCUCAUUUAAAUCUUAGAGAUCAACUUUUCAAAAACGGUCAGAAAAAAAAAUCUGUUUUCAAACAUUGAAAACAGUGAAGUCACAUUCUUAAGCUACGCCUAUUUUUUUUUAGAGUUGCGGAAUAAAUUUAUUUUUUGCAGUUAAAACAAGUUCGUCUUCAUGAAAGUGCCACUGGAUUAAAAAUUAGAAAGCUCUUACAAAUUUUUAAACUAUUUAUUUCAGGCUUUAAUGCCAAUUUUUUCCUUCUUUUUUUGUACAUGUUAUAAUUUUUGUUCUGCCUGUAAAUAAAUUAUAUUAUAUAAACUAGUUUACGUGAAAAAAUCCUUGUUGAACUUUCAAAUUUUCAGACUUCAAAGCACGGAUUUUUUUUAAAACCGCUUAUUUAUUCUUUUUCACCUUGUAGAUGAAAAAAAUUACUAUUAUUAUUAUUAUUAUUUGAUCAAUCUAUUAUGCAAUUUUUCGACGCUGAAAGCUUUCUCUAGAAAAAAAGUGAGCGAAAUAAACAGAUAAAAAAAUUCAAAACUUGGAAAAAAAUCAUUUUACCUACUUGGAAUCUGAACUGUAUGCCGUGUUCAAUUUGAUUCCGCGAAAUGCAAAAUGAUCUCUGACUCUCCAAAAUCUAGUGAUCUUUUCCUUUCUCUAACGGGUAUUUUGCAUUUCGCGGAUUCAAAUUGAACACGGCAGUAGUUCAUUCGAAAAAUCCGCUUAAUUUUUGAAAAAUCUAAUCAAAUUCCUAUCUUCACAAGGCAACUCUGAAUUUUUGCAUUUUUUUCCGAAAAAUUUCCAAAAAAAUAUUUUUUUCUGAAAUUUUUCUGAGGAUUUAGAGACUUGGUAAGGCUUCAGAAUCUCGUAUAAAAACUUUGAAUUUUUUUCUACUCCAUAAUUUUUUUCCCCCUUUCGUCUAUAGUCUGUGCUUGAAGUAAGCCUGGCCAUACGAAAAAAAAUUCCAAACGCAUUAUCGGUGCGAGUUUGCUUGACAAUGGCAAAGUCCUUAUCGAGAAACCUGGACGAUUUUGAUACGUGGCGCCGCCGGCGCGACGUAUAGCACGUAAACGAUAAAACCGAAAGCGUUUUUACGCAUCGAAGUUUGUUUUUGAGAAAGAAAUAGGGGCUUCGAAAGUUUUUUGUUCUCAGAAAAUGAUGGGUUUUGCGGGAGUUGUACUAUUUUCAUAUGAAAAAAAAAUUUGAGGAGCAAAAAUUAGAGAUUUUUUUGAAGAUUCGGAACCAAUGAGUGAACAAAUAACAGGAUAUUGUCGGAAAAAAACCAUAAAAAGUAUAGAAAAAAAUUCAGUUUUUUUGUUUUCACCCAACAUUUUAAAAAAAUGAUCAGCCAUUAAUUUAUAACAGCCUGAGAUAGAUUCAAUCCAAAAAAAGCCGAAAAAAAUUCUAGAAAAAUUAGAUUUUUUUCCGGAGAUUCAGAACCUAAAAAAAUGAAAAAAAUAACAGCUUCAUGUCCGAAAAAAACCCUAGAAUUAUAGAAAAAAAUUCCAUUUUUUUAUUGAUCAGCAAGCCUCAAUUUUUUUAGCAGUUUGAAAAAAAUAAUCAAUAAAAAAAGCCAAAAAAAUUCUAGAAAAAUCAGAACUUUUUCCUGAAGGUUCGGAACCGAAAAAAAUGGAAAAAAAUAACAGUUUCUUGUCGGAAAAAAAGCAUCAAAAGUUUAGAAAAAAAUUCAUUUUUUUAUUGAUCUAUAAGCCUAAACUUUUUGGCAGCUCGAAAAAUUUUCGAUCCGAAAAAGCCAAGGAUUCAAAAAAUUAGAAUCUGACCCCAAAAAUAUCUUCUUUUCAGUAUAAAAUAUGUCGAAACGUUCAAAAAUUGGAAAUUUGGACUUCAAAAACUCCGAAAAAAAAAAUCUUCCGAUCAAUAAAAUAAACCUUUCUGCCAAAAAUACGCCUAAAAAGCUCCUUAUUUCCAGUACAAGUUCUCGGAUUCCCUGAAAACGGCCCGCUCGAAAAUCGCCGAUGCCCACCAGGGAACCGUCGCCAUCGAAGUCAAGGCAAACCGCCUUCGUCAAGACGUCGUCGACUACCGUAACCGGUAUCGCUUCGAGACCCAUUAUUCCACAAAUCCAUGUUCCUUUCAGUUAUGAAGACGCUCUGCGAGAGGCCAACCGUGAACGCGCCACUUGGGGAGCUUCGAUUCACUCCGCCACGGCCGAGUUGGAGAGAAGCAAGUCCAUGUGAGGAAAAGUAAUAGGAAUCGAGUUCAUUGAGUGGUUUUCCAGGUACGCCUCGAUCUUGGACGAGGAAAAGCGACUUUACGCCGAGCAGGAGCACCUCUACCGGGAGCUCGACACUGUCAAGGAUGUGAGAUUUAAAGAAAAAAAGACCAGGAAAAAAUAGCCGUGGAAAUCGCGCUCCAUUGAUAACAACAGUCUUUUGAUUGAAGUAACAGAUUUUUUAUGAAAGUGUGAAGGAAAUUUUGUCCGUAGAGCAUUUUUGAUUUUCAUUCGCGGCUAUUUCUGAAAAAAGCAUCUUCAUAGGAAUUUAUAGCGAUUUUAGAUGUGAGAUUCCGUUAAAAAUGAAAAAAAAAGACCAGGAAAAAAUGGCCGCGGAAAUUGCGCUCCAUUGAUAACAACAGUCUUUUGAUUGAAGAAACAUGAAAGUUUGAAGGAAAUUUUAUCCGUGGAGCAUUUUUGACUUAAUAAAGGGAUUUUUUCGAGGCUAUUUCUGAAAAAUGAGCUUUUAUAGCGACUUUGGCAAAAUUCGAACCUAUUUUUCCCUUGGAAGUGGUUUUGCAGCUUUUUUGGAGCCUUUACUAUAAAAAUAUAGACUCAAACGAUUCAAAAAAAAAAAAAUCGUAACUAGGUCAAGAAAAAAUAGCCGCGCAACUUUCAGGCUUCUUAGCUCUAUUGAUAAAAUAACCGACCUUAUGCUGAGGGAUUCUAGAAGUGCAGUCCUUCGAACUAGACCCAAAAAAGCCGAUUUUUGACUUUACACGAGUAAAAUUUUGACUAAUUUUCACAGUUUUGCCGCUUGAAACUUGAUUUUCGAUACUUAAAAAAGUAAAAAAAUUUAAAUUUCUGAGCUUUUCAAGCAAAAAUGCGUUCCAGGAGCUCGACGCGGCCAUUUCCGAGCGUCUCGUCCUCCAGCACCAGGAGGAGAACCUCAAGGCCGAGCUCGAGUUCCUCAACAGGUUUUGGAUCUUUUCAGUCUUCAAAAUGGUUUUUUCUCCAGAGUCCACGUCCAGGAGAUCUCCGAGCUCCGCGGCCUGCUCAGUCAGGCUCCCGCCGACACCCGUGACUUCUUCAAGAACGAACUUGCUCUUGCUAUCCGGUAAGGGUUGAAAAAGGCUUUAGAAGUAGAAAAAAAGACAAAAAUGAGAAAUGAUGGUUCAUUCAGUAGGAAAUAAGAAAUUCGAAAAAAAAUCUCUCCCAACCAAAAAUUCGAAUUUUCACUUGUCAGAAGCUUUCAAGAAAGUUCUGGACCCAAAAAUGAAAAUUUAUUUCCAAAAAUGGGGCCUUGACGGUCAAGGAAAAGCUCAAAGCUUUUUUCCCUCUAUUUUACAAAAACAGUGAUUUUUUGGAGUCCAAAACCUCUGUGCUUUGAGCAUUUUAUUUAUUUUUUUUAAAAAAAUUAAUCUGACUAAAAAAAUCUUCGCUGAGAAUAUCAAUACAGUACCGUCAGGAACGUUUUUUCUGAUCAAAAUUUUCUUGUACUGGGAACAUUUUUAGUGGCCACUAUAGGGUUUUGACGUUUUAGUGGCCUUUGUAGUAGUGAAAUUAGUGGCCACUCAAGGUGUUAAAAACUAGUGGCCACUAUAGAGGUCUAAGUGCUACUACUAGACCACUAAGUUGCCACUUUAGGGGUCAAUGGGCCAAUAUAACUGGUCCAAUGUGUUUUUUUUUAAUUAUCAGAGUUACUGUAAGGAAUACUGACUGGAAAACUACUAAAGUGUCCACUAAAUAGAGAACCUCUAUAGUGGUCACUAGAACGGAAAAUAGUGGCCACCUUAGUGUCCUCUCCAAGUAGUCCUUGGCGAGCCUCUAUAGUGGCCACUAAAAAUUUUCUCAGUAUUGAGUUUGGUCUUCCUGAAACCUGGAGUUGUGAUGACUGUUAUUUUCAAGAUUUUGGUGGACUUUUGGUUCGAAUAAAAAAAAAACGCAGCUUUAAACGUAUUUCAAAAAGAUUACGAGAGAGGUGUUUUUUUCUGAUAAAACUGACAACCUUUCAGUGAAAUCAAGGCCGAGUAUGAGAAGAUCGUUCACACUACUCGCACCGACCUCGAGACCGUCUUCGAAUCCAGAGUAAGUUUCAUGAAAAAGUGAAAAAAUGAACAGUAAGUUCAAAAAAAAAAAUCUGGUUUGGAGCUGAAAAAAUCUCGAAGCUUUAUGCAGCUCCAAGCUUAAAAUAUGCUUCAGAAAACCUACAUUUGGUAUAAAAAGGCCCUUAGAAUGACGCCAGGACAAAAAAACGAGCCAAAAUUGACAACUGACUCGGGACCAUUUUUGAUAUGUACCUAUGCUCCUUUAAAGCCGUUUGACGUCGAAUACGAAAUUGAAAAGUCCGGAUCUAGGAUUUGCCACGAAAACCUGGAAUUUCGUCUCGAGUCAAAUCUGGAUGAGAGAUUUUCAAGAAAAACUGAGAAUAUUGUAAGGUUAAGAGUGUUUUUGAAUGAAGAAGCUCAAAGUCCAGGUGAGCAACCAAAAUGUUUCCAGGUUGUCGCUGCCGAGGCCGCCGCCGCCGCCCGCAGCGAGGUUUCCGUUCAGCGCCAGGCCGAGAUCAGCAAGAUGAGCGAGUCGAUCGCCUCGCUCCGCUCCAAGUUCACGGACCUCGAGGCGAAGAACGUGGCCCUCGAACGCGAGGCCUACGCCCUCCAGAACCAGAUUCGCGAGGACAAGCGCCAGUACGAGGAGGAGCUCAGCAAGCGCGACGCCGCCCUCGUUUUCAUGCGCGAGGAUUGCCAGAAGCUGGUCAGACACUUUGGACAAGUUUGAUCAACGUCGUUUUUUUCCCGUUCAGGUGAUCGAGUUGCAAGCCCUGCUCAACACCAAACAGACCUUGGACACCGAAAUCGCUAUCUACAGGAAGCUCGUCGAGUCGGAGGAGCAUCGGUUCGUGACAUUUUCGAGGCGUUUCUAUAAAAAAUCUUUCAAAAUUAUUUUUAUUAUUUCAAAUCUUAAAAUGAGUCUGUAGCGGUUUUGGCGAAAUUUCGAGUUUGAUCAACUAGUUUUCGUUCGGGAGCGGUUUCGCAGCUGUUUUGGAGCCUUUACUAUGAAAAUUCGUACUCAAGAAAUAAAAAAAAAUCGCAGAGGCCAAGAAAAAAAUAGCCGCGCAACUUUUAGACUUCUUAGCUCUAUUGAUAAAAUAACCGACCUUAGGUUGAGAAGUUCUCAAGUUACAGUUCUUCAGACUAGACCGAAAAAAAGCCAACUUUUGACUUUACAUGAGAAAAAAAUAAUUUUAAAAAAAGUUGAAAUUUUCGAGGCGUUCCUGACAAAAAAAUACUUUCAAAAUUAUUUUUUUAUUAUUUCAAAUCUCAAAAUGAGUCUGAAAAAAAUGAACAGAACUUUUAUUGGAAUCUUUAACCGUUGAUAAAUUGAUAAAAAACUGAAUUUUUGAAGUACCCCUUACACCCCAGUUUUUAUUAAUUUCUUCUAUUUUUCUUCUUCUUCCUAGAGCGACUUAUCAAUUCUCAAGAUCUCAUUUUUGCCUUGAUUUCGCUCAAAACCUUCAUAUUUCAAUGAAAUACGAGCCGUUUGAUUUUUCUUGACGGUUUAGUUUGUCUCAGCACUUCAGAUACCUAAAAAAUUCAAUUUUUCCUCAGAUUUCUCAAAAAAUUAGUUUUAGGUAAGAGUUUGAACUCCUUUAGAUCUAUUUCUUAAAACAGUUCAGAUCCUUUGUUUCUAAGAAAUUUUUUUUUUUUAGAAUUAACUUUGAACUCUUUGGACACCUUAAAAGACCUUUUUUUUUUUUUACAAGCCCUUCAAAUAAUCUAGUUUGUAAGCGUUCACAGAACUUUUGAUCAAAUCCUUAAAGCGGUCCAGAUCGCCUAUUUUCUUAACCCUCCUUCCAAACCCUCCAACCUGACCAGAUAACCGAUUUUUUUCAAACAAUUCUUUCAAUUGAAAUUCCGAAUUUUUGUUUUUCAGCGUUGGACAAUACGUCGUUGCCGAGAAGGAAAGCGUCUUCUCCGGUGAGGUCUCCACCCGCAGCACCUUCCAGCGCCACGCCAAGGUAUUUAUAUUCCUUUUCACUUAAUGCUUACAGAAGUGCUCACUCUAGGGAUUUUAGUUAGCGCCCACUAUAGGGGAACGUGCUAUUUUUCGAUUGUUAUGACCUUUAAGAGAAGAAGCAGAUUCAUGGGGAAAAAAUAUGAAUUUUUAACCCUAAACCCCUCUAGGGGAUUUUUUUCUCUUACCACUCUAGGGACCCCUAUGGCCUUUCUAGGACUCGUUGAAUCCCUCCAAUCGUCAUUCUACACUCGGACGUUGGUAACGCGCAACGACCGUGCUUCUGGGCGACUCUAGGGAUCACUUAAGGAGGCUGACACUACUAAAGUGGUCACUAGCAACACCCAGAAUCGUCCGUUUUGCGUUACCAAUGUUUGAGUAUGUUAAAGUCCGUUUUUUACAAGUUUUACCCCUUUAGAGGCUUUUUUCUCUUACCACUCUAGGGACCCCUAUGGCCUUUCUAGAACUCGUUGAAUCCCUCCAAUCGUCAUUCUACACUCGGACGUUGGUAACGCGCAACGACCGUGCUUCUGGGCAACUCUAGGGAUCACUUAGGGAUGCUGACGCUACUAAAGUGGUCACUAGAAACACACAGAAACGUCCGUUUCGCGUUACCAAUGUUUGAGUAUGCUAUAGUCAGUUUUUCGCGACUUGAAAAUACUUCUCUGCGCCCUCCUUAUCUCUCGACGUCUCUCUCAUGUUGACGUGCUAUUUCCAUGUUUCUCUGACCUCGCCGGUGAGGGAACAGAGAGACUGUUUGGUCAUAUAUUAUGCUAUUUAUCUGUACAAUUUUCUUCAUUUCAAAGUUAUAUAACUUGCAGGGAAACGUCAGCAUCGUUGAGUGCGAGCCGACCGGCAAGUACAUCAUCCUCGAGAACACCAGCUCCCGCGAAGUAACUUUCUAGAGAAAAUCUAAUGAAAAUUUUGAAAAUUAUCCUAGAACGAAGACAUUGGCGAGUACCAAAUCAAGAGGACGAUCGACGGCCGACACGCUUUCACCUACACCCUUCCCGCCCACACCAAUCUCCGAGCUGGUGGCCAUUUGAAGGUGAAUUUCAAAGAAAACUUUGGGGAAAAAAAAUUCUCUGCAUUGGUCAUUUCGAGCCAAAAUAUCCUUCUAUACGAAUAGUUUUCAAAAAUAGAAAAAAAAUGGUAUAUUGCUAUCGAAGUUGAAAAAGUUAGGCCUUCUUUCAAGACGCAGUCUCCUUGAGUAAAAAAUAAGAAAAAAUUUGAUCGAGUUAUUCGAAGUAACAUGAUAAUUUUUAUUUUUAAAUAAAGCUUAAAAUGAUUCAAAAGGUCUUUUGACUUUUUUGGUCUCAGUUUACGAUCUAUUCGACGUCUUGUUACUUCAAUAUCACUCCUCGAUUGUUUAAUUUGAGCUCAAUUUGGUAAAGGAAAAAGACUUCUAAGAAGAUGAAAUGAAACUUUCCAUACUCUGAGGAGCAAAAAAAGUUGAAAAUAAGCUUUCUAGUGAAAAUAACCUUCCAUACACAACAUUUUCUAGUCAAAUUACUCAUUUUUUCAUGGAUUAAAGCAUCCGUCCAGUAGAUUUUUUCAAACUUUGUGAAAUAUCGAUACAAGACCUUUCGUAGGCGUUAACCGCAAACUCUGAAAAAUGACAUCUCCGAAAAAUAUUAUUUUUUUCGCAGUUAAGACUAUUCCUAUAGAUAUUAUAGUUUCCCGACUUGAAAGACUAGAGAAGCGUGAAGUGUUGCGUACGCGACGGCGUUUUGGUGGGGAGCCCGAGGUUCACCAGAAGCUACCAGUCUUCUGCCCUUUUUGACGGUUUUUCAAUCCCUCAAUGUUUUUUUAUGGUCUUGGAAAGAUUUGGUUGAACGGAUCAAAGUACAAAAAUAAUAAUAGAAGACUUAUUUUUUCUAAAUUGAUCGAUGAUUGCGUUUGACCUCGGGCCAUACAAGGGCAGACCAUUUUUAAACAACUCUUCCUUCCAAUUUUUGCUAAAUAAAGGAUAAUACUGCCACCCUGAGGUCAAAACUUGUAUCAAUGUGUACAAAAAUACCUCUCUGAGGCCUAAGCCUAAUCUUUUGAAAUACUCUCGGGCUAAAUGAGUUUUUUACUUGCCCAUCCAUGCCUCGGGAUACCGCUUAAAAGCCACGUCGCGUACGCAACGCUUCACUCUUGCCAAUCUACUCAUAUCAAAACUUCAGAAGUCGUUUGAGCAAGUUUCAGAAGAAUCUAAAAUUUACAAUAACCUUGUAUUGAAGAUCUCAACAAACCGCAAAAAUUCUGUUCAGAUCUACGCCCGCAACGGCGGCGGCAUCCACUCGCCUCCCGAGUCGAUCAUCUUCGAAGGAGAACCUUCCUGGGGACAAGGAGCCAGCGUCCAGACCAUCCUCUACAACCGCAGCCACGUCGAACGAGCUUCCCAUAUCCAAAAGACUGUCUCCCAAUAA